GCUUACGGCAGAUUCUCCCUUGAUGAUGUACUCGGAAGAGUUACUUGCGCACCAGAACCCGGACUCCUUUACACCAAAGCGCUGUUGCAUGCGUCAACAUCAUUCUGUCUAGCGGAUCCUCUCACCGGCCAAACUGGCGUGGAGGAGGCUUGCGACAUCCUGGGAGGAGGCAACGCCCAGCCCUAUACUCCCCUCACAGCCGGAAAUAUACAGUCUGCCGAUAUGCGCCGGGCAAGCUUGUUCAUAUCUUAACGUAUGCGGCACCCGUGACACCGAGGAUGCUUCAAUUCAACAAUUUGGAUUACUAUGCAGUUCCGACACUGCCCGUUGACUGGUCUGCGCCUCUUUGGCUCAGAGUACAACUAGGAAUAUUUGCCGGAAGGCUUUAUUUCCCUUUCGAAGAACUUCCAUACCUUCGAAUCUUCUUGGGACUGGAAGAACAAUCAGGAGCUCUUACUGAUGAUAUGCCCGAUCCCGUGGCAGAUAAUCUCUUGUUCGACGACCCCUCUACCUCGAGCAAUGAGCAACAACCCAGCAUCAAUGACAACAAACAUCCAGAAGAGACUACCGAGGCCAAGGCCAUCCGAUCCGCUAAGCUUCGACAGACAAAGAUGCUCACCUUCCUUCACGCAUGGCUAUCCACCAGAGCGAGGGGUCAGGAUUUCACUCAUACCGCAAUGGGCUACGUCUGUGCACGGAAGGUCUUGACGGAAGACCAUGCAUUCUUCCGCAGCGCUGACACGCAGAACACGAUUCAUAGCAAGAACUUCUAUGUUCCUGCAGAGGAGACGGGUCGGCACGUUACGGGGGAUGCUGGAGAUGAUGAUGAUAUGUCAGAUUAUGGUGACGAAGACCUUGAUGAACGACGGAAACUCACGGAAGAGGAGUUGAAAGAGGUCGAUGAAGGAAGAGUGAAAGAACAAUUUGUUGAUGAAGGAAAUGUGUCUGGAGAUGAAGGCGCAGAUGCUUCAGAAGAAAACGAAGGGGACGGUGAUGGAAAUGCGCCUGGAGAGGACUGAUUGUGGAAUGGGUUGUGCUACCUUUCCAUCGAUGUGCUCUGGCUCUUCAGGCCGGGUGGAGUGUCGAGGAGCAGACGUGGCUGGUGUGUGCUAUGCUGGGUGGAGCAGGUGAGAGCCUGUGUCAGUGUCAUACAAUGAUCUCUGUAGGAUUUCCUUCCCCAAUUUGAGAAGUGCUUGAGUACUGAGUCAAAAUCCUAUUAAGCCUUACUAUGGUGUUCCCAAUCCCCGGACGAGGAAGCACGUGACAUGUUUUCAAGAGUGAAUGGUCUUACACAAGCUUCGAGUCGGAUAUGCGGCAGUAAAAAGUGAAGCGUUUGUCUUUGU